CAGCCCCUUAAGUUGCACACAGUUAUUCUCGAGUUUAUUUGCUUCAAGAUAUAACCUCUCCUGAAACACAACAGCCAUGGCCGAGGCAUUGCUAGGAAAAUGGAAAUUAGAAGAUGCUAACAAGGAAAUGUUUAAUGCAUACAUGGAGGGCUUAGGAGUCGGCUUCGUGACAAGGAAAGCAGCUUGUGCAGUGUCAGCUGAUGUCACCAUCAGUUUGGAAGGAGACAUUUGGACAAUUAAGACAUCGAGCACCUUCAAAAACUAUGAGAUCAAUUUUAAAAUUGGAGUACCGUUUGAUGAAGAAACUGCAGAUGAUAGAAAAGUUAAGACCACUGUGACACUAGAAAAAGGAGUACUGAUCCAAGUACAAAAUUGGGAUGGCAAAACAACUACAAUUAAACGGGAGGUGAUAGAUGGAAAAUUAAUAGUGACAUGUAUCAUAGGGGAUGUGGUAUGUGUUCGGACAUACAAGAGAUGAAUCCUGCAUCCUUGGCAUUGUCGCAAAAAAAAUAAGCUCAGUUCAAUGAGCAUCAGAUACAUUGUCUGAUCGGUUUCUGAUAUUCAAAGAAAUAUUAAAGCUUUUUUUGCCUUA